UGGCAGUUGUUCUUUAAUGGCGACCACGGGUGACGGGUCGUUUGUCUGGAAACUGUCACUAUUUAUUUAGAUUUUUAAGUGUAGGUUCUGUGUUUACGUAAACAUGACGGGGAUUUUACCUACCUAUCAGCGAUUUGUAAAUGGAGUUCCUGUACCGUCCAUUUCUCGGCGUUCGUUCCGCCUACGAGAAAAAUAUUUGAUUGUUUCUGUACUUUUGACAUUCGGGAUCGUGUGGUUAGGAGCAUUAUUCUACUUGCCAGAGUUUAAAAGUUCAAAUAGUGUGAACGAUAGUGUUUACAAUGUAUACAAAAGAAUUCAGAAAGCUGGCCCAGAGCUGCUCAUGCCGCCUCCUCUUGCACAAAACGAUGUCGGUGACUUUCCUGUGAUUGGGAUGGCUCACCAUGGUGAAGGAGGUGAUGAUCCUCACGUAGUUGAAGACAGGAACCGGCUACGAGCUAAGAUAGAGGAGGAUAUGGGAAUGAAAGUGUUAGAGAGGCCUCAGUUUGACGUAGCACCUUCUGUGUCGUCUUCGCGAGGGCCCAGCAAACCGCCAGUAGAUGCGAUUGAGGAGCCUGCGGCAGGGAACAAUGCAGCCAAUAAAGACGUGUCACCAGCGGGCCCGAAGGCUGAGAGCUCGGACAAGUUUGUGGCUGUGGCCCUGGCACCAGGAGCGGACCCUGAAGUCAAACACAAGCUGGAGUCUGUCAAAAAGAUGAUGCUGCAUGCGUGGAACAACUACAAACUCUAUGCUUGGGGCAAGAAUGAGCUGAAGCCGAUGUCGAAGCGAGCUCACUUGUCCAGCGUGUUCGGAGCGGGCGAACUUGGCGCUACCAUCGUUGAUGGUCUCGACACUCUCUACCUUAUGGGACUCAACGAUGAAUUCCGAGAGGGACGGGACUGGGUUGCUGAACAUUUGCAUAUUAAUGAAAUCGAUUCCGACUUAUCUGUGUUCGAAACGACAAUCCGGUUUGUUGGAGGUCUCCUGUCAUGUUACGCGCUGACCGGGGACACAAUGUUCAGAGACAAGGCGGCGGAAGUGGCAGACGCCUUGCUGCCAGCAUUCGACACACCUACCGGGUUGCCAUAUGCUCUCAUCAACCCAUCCACUAAGGCAAGUCGUCAAUACCACUGGGCGGGUCCGAACAGCAUCCUAUCUGAACUGGGAACGCUCCACCUCGAGUUUACGUACCUCAGUGAGGUCACGGGCCGCGAUAUUUACAGGCAGAAGGUGAGCCGCAUUCGUGAGGUGUUGGAUCAGAUCGACAAACCUGGCGACUUGUACCCCAACUUCAUCAACCCACGCACUGGACAAUGGGGACAAAGACACAUGUCACUGGGCGCUCUGGGCGACUCGUUUUACGAGUACUUACUGAAGGCGUGGCUAAUGUCUGGCGGCGCCGACGAGCAGGCUCGCAUCAUGUUCGAUACAGCUAUGCAGGCGGCGCUCGACAAAAUGCUACGUGUUUCGCCCUCCGGCCUCGCUUACCUAGCCGAGCUCAAGUACGGACGUAUCAUUGAAGAGAAGAUGGACCAUCUUUCGUGCUUCGCUGGCGGUAUGUUCGCGUUGGCUUCGACUACCUUGGACAACUCGAUGUCGGAGCGUUAUAUGGACGUUGCUAAGAAGCUGACCAAUACCUGCCACGAGAGCUACGCACGAUCUGAGACCAAACUCGGCCCUGAAGCAUUCCGAUUCUCCAACGCGGCUGAGGCGCGUGCACAGAAGAGCAAUGAGAAGGUGUACCUCCUGCGACCCGAGACGUUCGAGAGCUACUUCAUCAUGUGGAGACUCACCAAGCAACAGAUGUACCGCGACUGGGCCUGGGAGGCGGUUCAGGCUCUGGAGAAGCACUGCCGCGUGGAAGGCGGCUACACCGGUCUCGUGAACGUCUACCACGCCAACCCACAGGGAGACGACGUGCAACAGAGCUUCUUCCUCGCUGAGACACUCAAGUACUUAUACCUGAUAUUCGCUGACGAUUCGUUCCUGCCGCUUGACGAGUGGGUGUUCAACACUGAAGCCCAUCCAUUCCCGAUCAAGGGCAAGAACCCACUGUACCGAGCUGUGGACAAACCGGUCCUCCCGGAACCCGCGCACGCGCAGAACAACAGGAUAUAAGGCAUCAACUCAAGUAAUUUGUUUUAAAAAUGUUUCAUUUUGUUAGACCUCAGUUGGCCAGACUGUACCAACAGUGUCUGGCUAGGUACAGACGAGAGUAAAAGACAAGGUGUAGUGAAUAAUUUUCGAACUUUGUCCCGAUUCGUAAAUCUAGAGUGACAUUCAUAUUUGUGAUCUUUUUUCCGCUUUGUUGAUUAAAUUUUGUAAUUUUUUAACAUACUGUAUACAAAUGAAACACGCCUUUGUGUAGAUUUUAAUAACAAUUUAUAACACUGAAUGAACUAAACCUUUAGAAUUACGAAUCGACUAGUUUAAGUUUUGUCUCGUCGUACCUUUGUAUAUCGCGUUCGCUUCUUCAAGACAUAAGGUUGCAUAAUAUGCGGGUCGCUUCAGUCAUGAGAUUUGUAAUCAUUGCUUAUGACCAAUUACUAAGUCUUCUUUUAUUCGGAGAUUAAUUUUUAAAAUUGUGCUAUUUAUGAAAUCUACAAAAAAGUAAUUUAUUGAUUUUGGCGAUGCAAUUUGCAGUAGUUAUUUCUGUAUACUUUUGUCUAUAAAGUAUCCCUUCUUUUGUUAUCUUAUAUAAACUAUGAUACUAAAUUAUUUGUCAAACAUCUAUCUACACGCUCUUAGAUCCUACGUAUAUUCUCAAAAUUUUGGUACGUAGAUAUAAAAUUAAUAUUAAGGCGUAGUUGAUUCAAUCAAUUUUUAUUGGACGCAUAUGUUAUACCGAUGCGUAUAUAAAUAAAUUAGGAGUGCAGUAAGGGUUUUAAAGUAAACAUACAAGUAUCAUAUCGAUUUAAAUUAAUCAUUCCAAGAGAUGAAAGUGUUUGUCGACUUGCAAACGCCGCGCCGUGUCCAAUAACGCUACCAAGUAGGGUGAUCUUGCUCAAGUCAAUUAGUGAGGUGAGAUGGCGAAUGGCGACACAUUCGUAGUGUAAAUAUAUAACGGUUACGUUAUCAACAUGCAGUUCAAAUGUUCUGAUCUCAGUCGUCAGACGAACACUACUACCGUAAUAUGACAGUUUCCCCACGUCGAAUGGCGUAAAACUUAUUGUGUCGCAUUUAACUAUAAUCACUUUUUUAUUGGUAUAUUGUUAAACUAUAUGUAUAUUAUGAUUAUGAACGAUAAACGUUAUUUAUUUAUUUAUUAGCUAUGAAUACUCAAUUUGUAGUUAACAUUCAUAGGUCAAAUAUUACAAUUACCAAAAUGUAAUUAUUAUUUAUUUAUUGUAAUGCGUUUUUCGGUAAAUUUUCUUAUAUACAAUUCGAUUGAGAUUAAAUAUGUUAUCAAAUGUAUUAUGGAUAAAGAUCUGAUGUAGGUGAAAUGGCUCAGUAGUAACGACCAAUGUAAACUUAUUGUGGGCAUUACUUAAUAAUAUGCACAAACGUUAUAUAUAAAUUAAAUACGGUCGCAGCUUCGAACACAGAAUUAUAUUAGCUUUUUAUUAACUUUCUGUGACUUUUUUGUAUGUGCUUUUCUUGAUUCCAUUACAUAGCAAACACCGAUGGGAGUAAUAGUAGGUGUGUAAAUGUAUACUGCACUUGUUUUCCCCUAAGGUCUUAGUACAAGUUUGUUUUACGUUUAAAGUAAUCGUAACGAGUACGCGUUCGGCGUUGUGAUUGGUUGCUUCAUUGGU